CAGCAUGAAGGCAUAGCACAGGCGCAACAGCUUCAAGGGACCGCCGUUGCUUGAGAGAGCCAACCUGACGGUGAAAGACUUAAAAGCGAGGACUUCUCGCUGCUCCGAGCUCUUCCCUUCCAUCAUCCAGAACAAGAUCAUUUCCUUGACAAGCAAAUCAAGAAACAAGAACGACACCAUGAAGACUUCUUUCGCCGCCAUCUCUGUCGCCCUUGGCCUUGCCGCCUUUGCCUCGGCCGGCCCCCUCCGUCGCCGCGAUGUGCACUGCGGCACUACGAACGACGCUACCCUCUCCGACUGCCAGGCGCUCACGUCGGACAAGGCCAUCUGGGACGCUGCUUGGGCUGGCAACACCAACGUCUGCCACUUCACCAACCCGCUGGCCAACCUCUACAACCACGACGCCUACAAUGUCGCCUGCCACGGUGACUGCUGCGUCUACGCCGCUGGCGACAACGCCUUCGAGGACCCCCAGGGCGGCUUCACCCUCGACCGCGACCGCUUCUACGAGGAGGCCGGCGGUCUGCUUGGCUGCGCCGACGCCUCCAAGAACAAGGUCAACGGUCUGCAGAACUUCAGCGACGGCCACCACAUCUGCAUCUCCAACGGCGAUGGCUGCGGUGACUGCUUUGACGAUGCUGACUACACCGUGGCUUAAUAGAUAACAGCUCCUUGUAUCUUUGAAGCCGGAGAAAUCACUAUGCGUUACC